GUAAGACAGAGAUGACUAUAGAAUAUUCAUUCCACUUUCUACGUGAACGAUGCCGACGACUUUACACAUUCAAACAGGUAACUGGUAAGAAAUGCCUUUAUAUAUAGCCAGAAGGCAAACCGUAUAGAUACUCAGCUUUUGAAGUGUAGACUACUCCUCCUGCAUCUUCUCUCUUGUGGAUUUCAUCUUUCAUCCGAUCCAAUCAUGCCUAUUGGGACACUUGAAGUUCUUCUUGUUGAUGCCAGUGGCCUCGACAACAAUGACUUUAUGGCUGACAUGGAUCCCUAUGUCCUUUUGACUGUAAAUACCCAAGAGAAGAAAAGCACUGUGGUCUCAGCUCAAGGAUCUAACCCAGAAUGGAAUGAGACUUUUCUAUUCACUGUCUCGGACGAUUCUGCCGACCUUCACUUGAAAAUAAUGGAGAAGGAUAACUUCAGUGCAGAUGAUUAUGUUGGUGAAGCAACCAUUUCUCUAGAGCCAGUUUUCGAAGAAGGAAGCCUUUUGCCAACAUCGUACAAUGUCGUUAAUCAGGAGAAGGAAUAUUGUGGAGGGAUUAAAGUUGGACUCAAAUUCACUCCUGAGACUAAGCCUGAAGAGAGAAGCGAGUAUGGUUCUGGAGAGGGCGCUGAAGCAGAGGAGAGCUAUGGUGGAUGGAAACAAUCUGCUUACGGUGAGGAGUAAGGGCGGAUAACAAUCAUUGAAUUCAGGAUUCCCUUAAGAUAUGUUCAUUUAGCUGCAUGGUGUUGUCCUGUAUGUUUUCCUCAAGUUGAUUGAUAAAGUUGAAAUAAUUUAAUCUACUUUACUGAUUUGAUUGUCUCAUACAUGCUUUACCUCCUUACUGUAUCCAAUCUCUACUUAAAACAAUGAAGUAAUUUGUUUCAACAGUAACUUAUGAACAGAUAAUACAUUGUCUACUUGUCAAUACUCACUGCCAUUAUGUCAACCUUAGCUUUAUAAUUUGAUGGUGAUCUAAGACUGACUACUUAUUCAAUCACAUUAGCUUGUCAUGUUUGGUAACAAAAAUGAAGCAACUUUAAUGUAUAAGCAGUUUGAGACUUUUCACAGCAGCUUAUAGGAAGCUGGUGAUUCAGAUUCUCAUACUUUCUAUACAUGUGAGUGUUGUAGCAUCUGGGUAGAUAGAGCACAAGCUUACAAGCCUUUCUCAUCAAAAUAUCUUUAGUAGAAUAGAAUGCUGCUCUUUCGUGUCAAUCAUUGCUUGGCUCUGGUCUGCCUGCACAAAAUUUCUUGGUUUGGACAGUUAGAGUUUGUCUCCUUUCCAGAAGCCACAGUCAUGUCAGCUGCAUUUUGAGUUAUGUUGCCGAGAAUGUUCUGUACCUUGCAACUUUUCAAGCAAACCGGUGCAUUGAGACAAGGGAGGGAGGAUCAUACACUACCACAACAUUUCCAAUACUAUUACACUGCUUUUUCACACUUUCUAAAAUCACAUUGUAUGUUUUAGUGCUAAGAAACACAGUAAAGCAAAAGACAAGAGUCCUCUUACCACGGCUGUUGAGAUAAAUGCUCUUCCCCAAAAAAAUUACGAGGCUCCAUGAGAUUAUGUUUUCGGUUUUCACAUUCCUCUUAGCCUAGUCUUCCAUUAUGAAUUCAUUCCAGAAGAUAACAAAAUCUGAUUUGAACAUGGAGUCUAUUUCCAACAAAGUGAGGGCCUCCCCAUCUAAGGUAUGAUAUUUUUAAUUAAUUUUUGGAGAAGAUUUUCUCCCACAUUAU